AUGGCUGUUUACAGUGAUUUGUGCUGUGAGACGAGUUGGCCGAACUCGAGUGACCGGUCGAAGACGAACUGUAAUGGUACCGGUCGACCGAGUUGCCGUGUGUGGCUUUGGCUACAGCGUUUCUCUCGUCGCAUGUCGACAGGUUGCCGGGAUUCGGUUGACCAGUCUCGUCUGUCCGACCAACUCAACGCGCCCCUCUUCAUCUCUCGCCGGCCACAACUGCACCCCCACAAGUGGACCGACACGACGGCGCGAUUUGGCGUCUGGCCGGCUAUGGCUCAAGGCACAUCGGAUCUCCAUCGUCCAGACAGCCGGAAACACACACACAAACACACACACAUACACAGUGGUAUGGUCGAGGCCCCUUCCUCGAUCGACUUGAGAUUGGCCGGGAUCUAUUGGAUUUUCAGACACGGCAACCAGCCACGUCAUGUCGGUCCAUUUCACUUGUAA